GCCCCAGCGAGCUGCUUUCCCUGCCCUGGGCCCCUCUUUUUCCUCUUUUUCGGAUCCCAGGGGCCCGCGAAGAUAGGGCUCCCGCCCUUACCCCGCCCAGCACCUGGUGUGAGAAAAGCCCUCGCCCACUCAUCUCGUUCGCAGUCCUUUGGUGAUUCAGAGCCCCGGCCCCGCCCAGGGCGCUAAUCUAACUUGUUGCUCAACUUCAGAGCGCUGCCCAGACUUCAGCUCCCAUUUCCAGCCCGCUGUGUCUUCACCGCGGAGGCCCGCGCCAGAUCCCCGUCCCCGCGCGCAAUGAGCCCCGUGCUGCUGAGCCUCCUGGGCGGGCUGGGCCCGCAGCUGCUCCUGCUACUCCUGCGUCCUCCGGCUGCGUCGGGUGACUGCAGCCUUCCCCCAGAUGUACCUAAUGCCCAAGCAACUUUGGAAAGUCUUACAAGUUUUGCUGAAGGACGGAGAGUAACCUACAAAUGUAACAAAGGCUUUGUAAAAGUUCCUGGCAAGGCAGACUCGGUGGUCUGUCAAAAUAAUAAAUGGUCAGAGCUUGCUGAAUUUUGUAAUCGUAGCUGUGAUUUUCCAGCCAGGCUACGUUUUGCAUCUCUCAAAAAGUCUUAUACCCACCAGAAUUAUUUCCCAGAAGGUUCCACUGUGGAAUAUGAGUGCCGUGCAGGAUACAUAAGGGACCCUUCUCUCUCAGGAAACAUAACUUGUCUUCAGAAUUUUAUGUGGUCCAAACCUGAUGAAUUUUGUAAAAAAAGAUCAUGUCCUAAGCCUAGAGAAAUAGAAAAUGGUCAUGUCAAUAUAACAACUGACAUACUACUUGGUGCGAACAUCUAUUUUUCAUGUAACGCAGGGUACAAAUUAGUUGGUGCAGCUUCUAGUUUCUGUGGUUCUAUGGGAAAUACUGUUGGGUGGACUGAUGAAUUUCCAGAAUGUCAAGGUAAGACUGAAAAAUUCUAAGGACUCUGCUAUGGGACUGAAUAAUCAAUGAUAAAUUGCUUUUUGGUCUUUAAAAUUACCCUCAGUAUAUAUUUGUAGUACCCUCACCUUCCAAUGUGUGAAUGUUUUGCCUAGUUUAUAUAACUCUAUUAGUAAUGCUUCUUAAUUUAACCAUGAGGAUAAAGG